AUGCCACCCACCACCACCACCACCAGCGCCACAGCCCCCAACCUCGCAACCCUCACCCCCUCCCAACUCGCUCUGAUCGAAGCCGCCGCAAACGCCCGCUGGAACCCGCCGUGGUCCAUCGCCCUCGCCGCCAUCCUGCUACUCCUGCUCGUCCUCAACGUCGUCGCGCGGCUGCUUGAGGCGCGCUUCGCCCUGCGCCUCCGCAUCCCCAACCGCUUCUUCACGUGGACGCCGGGCCGCGCGGCGUUCGAAGCUAAGCUGGAGGAGCUGGAGCGCGCGAGGAGAGAGGGGAGGGGUGAGGGGCUGGAUUUGCGUAGCCCGAGAACGCCGAGGGUGUUUGGGGAGCAGCGGGGUGGAGGAGAGAGGGAUGGGGAUGGGAGGAUGUUGGGUCCGAGGGAGAGAGGAGAAGCCAGUAUUAUGGCGUCUCAAAAUCGGCAUUCCACAGCCCAACCGACCCCAUCCGCCGCGCUCGAACUCCCGCCGUACAAGAAACCGUCCCACCCGCUCAAUGACCUGGCUCAACAGCGGCUUCGCACGUUGAACAACCGCGACAUCACCCAUUUGAAAGAGCAUAAUCAGAAAGCCGCAAAGCUGAUCACUGACGCGGCGGGUCUUAUCAACGAUAAGUUGCGAGAGCGCGACGAGGACACGGCGAAGCGGCGCAAGAGGUGGGAAAAGGGCAUCGAUAAUGAAGACCAAGAUGCGGAGGAAGAGAAGCUGACAAAGCUACAAAAGAAGGUUGACGAAGCGACUAAGCAGCUUGAGAAGAGCAUGAGGGCCGUCAUUGACGGAGGCAUAGCUGCGCAGCGCAUUCAAGAGUCGCUGGAGUGGUUGAGGCAGAAUGCUCCGCGCCAACUGGCAGAGGAGUACCAGACGCAGAUGAGCCAGCAGCAGACAGAGCGGCAGUCGCAAUCCCAGCGUCGCCGACGUACACAAGACGAGGACGGAGACGAGGACAUGGACAACGACGAGGACGACGAAGAACCAGAAGGCCCAACCCCAGGCCCAACGCCCCUCGACGGCUCCCGCCCCGUCCUCACAUCUCCCACCGACCUCUUCACCGACCGCAUGACGCGCAAAAAGAACGAAUACACUUCCCUCGCUCUCGGCACGCGCUACUCCAGCAACAACGACUACAUCGGCUUCCGCAAAAUGGUGCACGACGCGAAGUACCAAGAUGAUCGGCCGCUUCCGCACCCCGAUACAUGGUUUACGGAAACCGGCUCGCCAGCACCGGGCAUUACCAAUGCGAGGGACGCAGACGAUGACGAUAUCGUGAUGGACAGGGCGACGAUCAGUACGAGAUGCCCGCUCACCUUCCAGCAGUUCAAGGAGCCGUAUAGCAGCGGCAAGUGUCCGCACACGUUCGAGAAGAAUGCGAUACUAGAGAUGAUUAGGAGGAGUAACACAAGGUUGGGCGGUGGGGCAGGGAGGGGUGGAGAGAGGGCAGUCGAGUGUCCGGUUACAGGAUGCAGUCAGAUGCUAACUGCCGGCGACCUACGCCACGAUCCCAUCGUCGUCCGAAAGAUCAAGCGCAUGCAGCAAGCCGAAGCUCAGCGAGCAGAAGAGAGUGAGGACGAAGAGGAGGACGUCGUUGUUAAGCGUGGCGGCCAGCAGCAAGGGGGUUGUAAUGUGAAGGCGGAACCUACCUCAUCACGCCUUCAAGUUCCGGCUACGCAGCAGCCACCGCGGAGUUCUAUAGUCGAGGAUCUAGGUUCGCCGAGUGAGGACGAUGACGAUGAUGAGUAA